UAAGAGCGGAAUUGGUAACUUGCAAUUUUGCGUACCUAAUACAAACAUACCGUGUUAAUGGAGGCGGAGGUCCCCGAAGAAAUCUCAUGCUCUCCCCCUCUACCGCUUGCCUAGCUUUAUCAGUUCAGAAUUCAGAUUCAGCUUGGGUCUUUGACCCGUUACAUUCUCGGUUGCUCAGAGACAUUGCUAUAUGUGUGGCAAACGGUUUUCCCAUAAUACGGCAAGGUUCCGCACUGAAAGACCCCCCAAGCAAAAGAUUGACGUUGUGCUUCACCAACCAGACUGCGCUGCUCACAUCAAUUCUGUGGUCUGUCGUCGAUAGAAGCCGUUGUGGCGUAACGGGUCGAGCAAUAAGCUCCAAGCCUCAAAAUGCUGUCCUGGUCAGUGUGCCAUGGUGCAGGUGGGGGGCUGGGAGUUGCGACUUCAUCGCUAUUCCAAUUUCCGACCACCCAUCAGUCAUACAUAGACCAUAACUUUGUUCUCUUCCCGUACGUAACAAGUAACAACAGGAUAUCCG